AUGAACAAGAUAUGUUUAGAAAUCGGACAAACCAUUUUACUCGAGCUGGAGGAAGAAUGUUUGCUCGGGAAAGUGUUGCACGUUGCAUCCGACCGAUCGUUUGUUCGAUUGGCCGAUGUGCGUGAUAUGGCUACGAAGAAAAACUAUGGCGUGCAAACUUAUUACAACUCGGAAGUACGGAAUAUUCAGAUUGCCUCUACCGAUGAUACACCGCAGAAGCUGAACACAAACCCAACGGAUAACGUUAACAAAUCGAAACAACUUUCGCUCGACAAACUUAACUAUGCACUGGAACAGAUAAACAACUACGUAUUCAUUCAUCAAACGGACGCAAAGUAUCACGAUUCGAUUCAAUUUCUCAAGAAACAACACCUUCUCGGGAUAGCGAUGGAAUGCAUCGAAAAUGGGCGACAUUCUAACGCAUCGUCCCUGCUAUCGAUAGCCACUGUGGAUUCGAUCUACAUUUUCGACAUCAAAUGGAUGAAGAUAACGGACGAUAUGCGAGAUCUAUUGAGGAACGAUCGGUACAGACGCGUUCUUCACAACGGCCGAUUGGUGAACGAUGUCCUGCGACACAAGUUUGGUGUACAGUUGGGAAAAUGUUUCGACAUAAUGGUCGCUCAUGUCGCCAUCAGCAAAACCGCGGGACAGACAGUGGAGAAUGGCUCGGUUUCGUUGCAAACAUGCGUGCGGAAUUAUCUUAAUCUACCGGACAAAUUCUUCGAUGCGAAUAUCGAUUUUAAUUUGCGCCCGUUAAGCGACGCGGCAAAGAAGGAAGCGGCAAAACACGCCGUAUUUCUGUUAAUGCUUCAGGAUCUUUUUGUACACGACAUCAUGCUGGAACCAUUUUAUAAAAGCUGCCUCAGCUACUCGCAAAGUUUGUCCCGUAAUCCGGAUUUUAUCAACAGUUUAGCUGAUUUACGAAAUAAGGGACCCGAAGCAGUUGAUGCGAUACAACCAGCAAAACUUGGUAUUGAUGUGGAGUUGUUAAAUCUGUCAGAGCAUGAGCUAACGAGCGAACCAGGCAAGCCUCUUUGUGGUGAUUUUGAACCAACUGAAAUGAAGAACGAUGAAUAA